UUGGUUAAAAACCCACUUUCCUCUCCGUCUUCCACAGCAUUUCACCACUUUCUGGUUCCUCUAAUAACACAACCGUCUAAACCCCAAAAGGCACAGUAGUCAUGGAUACUGGUCUGAAGUUGAGCAUGAAGCUUCUGAUAGACCCCAAAGGCCGCCGGGUCCUGUUUGCCGAAGCAGGUAAAGAUGUUGUUGAUUUUCUUUUCAGCAUUCUAUCGUUGCCUCUUGGUGCUGUCGCAACCCUUCAAAAUCCGAAAGCUUUGGUGUAUGGAGUCGGGAAUCUGUACCAGAGUAUUGAAGAUUUGAGGGAUCUGCAUAUGAUUCCCAACAAAAACAUCGAUUCUCUUGUGGACCGAGUAAGAGUCACAUACGCUAAUACCUCUAAUUCGCCUCCGAUUUUACUGAGUACUGGUAAAUCACCACCAACAAAGAAAUCCUACUAUAAGUGUGCUGCUAACAACGGUAACAGGAAUUGUGGUACGUAUGUGACUCUUGACCCUAAAUCCCGUUGUCCGUGUUGCUCGAAGACGAUGUCCUCUCCCCUGACCCUUGUUGGGUCGACGUCGUCGUCCUCCUCUUCCUCUGUUGAGGGUGGUUUUGUUAAGGGUGGUGUGACUUACAUGAUAACGGAUGAUCUGUUGCUGAAGCCUAUGUCUACUCUUUCUACCGUUACUUUGAUUAGCAGCUUGAAUCUCAAAGACGUAGGUGCUCUUAAGGAGAAGACGGUCAGGCUCACCAUGGAUAAUGUUGGGAAGUUGCUGAGGGCCUCGUUGCAGACUAAGAAUGUGCUAACGACUGCUUUCUUUGAAGAAAAGAUGGUGGUUAAAGAGGAGAAAUCAUUUGGGGUAAGAAGUUGCUGAAGGCUUCUUUACAGUCUAAGACACUGCUCACGGAUGUUUUCUUUGAAGAAAUGAUGUUUGCUGAGGAAAAGAUAUCAAUGGAUUCAGUUGACUGAUUUUGUUGCUCCUUUCCAUAGCCACGGGUGGAGAUUUUGUUAAUAGGCCGGUGCUAGACUGCUAGGAAUAUCUCCACUUUCUUGGCUGUAGUCUGUUUGUCUUUGUUGGAUGUUGUUUUGGAUUUUAGUCAGGGCAAUAUCUCAGUCAUCUUUAGUUCUCGUUUUAUGGGUGGCUUGAAUCCUUGUUCUUGAAGCGAAUAUUCAGUGUGUAGUUUUGUAUGUUCGCGGCCUUUUACUGUUAAUGUUACAGUUGCUGUAAAUAUAAGGGAGAUAGACUUUUCAUCUU